CCUCCACCUCCACCUCGUCCUCCACCUCAACCUCGUCCUCCACCACCACCAAGAACAGCCUCGCACCCGCCCACACCCCACAGGAGACGAGCGACAAAGACCCCUUAUCCCUGAGCACGAUCGUAACCUCAGCGAGCGUGGCACCCGGCAGUAGCAAGAAAGUCGUGGGUCCUCCUCCCCUGUCGCCGCUGGUGGGCCACGAGAGAACGGCGGCCCACGAAGUCACCCACGCGGAAACGGCCAGUGCGGCGGCCUUCCUGUCCAAUGCUGUGCUCAAUGUGCCCACGAUUAAGACAACCAUGGGACUGGUACGACCAAGUGCUGUGGUGGUCACACAGCGCAGUGGUACAGGAAUGGUCCACAGCCCAAGCACACGUCUCAGUGUAACAUCUCGUACACUGAAACUCCCUACAACAUCUGCAGUGACAAUUUCCUCUCCUUCAGCAUCAUCUUCUUCUUCCACGUCUACUGCAUCGUCAUCCGACACAGGAUUCUACAUGCCUCCAACACCCCCCUCCUGCUCAAGCAGUGAUAGUGAAUGUGGCGGACAGUCCCCUCCUCGCACACCUCCUCUGUAUGAGACUCUCACUCCACAAUUUGCAAAUCCUCGCAAGGGAACAGCACGCAUUCUUGUCUCUUCAAGAAACCCUAUUAACACUCCACUUAUCUCAUCACAGCCGAAAGGUGCAACAGGAGUCAUCAAUCUCACAGAGGAAGAAAAGAGGACCUUGCUCUCCGAGGGCUACAGCGUCCCCAGCAGACUCCCACUCACCAAAAGCGAAGAAAAGUCGCUCAAGAAAAUCAGAAGAAAAAUCAAGAAUAAGAGACCAGGAGAUUGCUGCCUUUGGUUCUUUUUGCACAAAUGA